CCUCACCUGAACAGCUACUCUCUACAAUGGCUUCCACAAGUACAGCUCCUCGGACACUGAAAGUACUCGAUCGAAACGCUCCUCACGAAUUCGUGGUUCCCGUAAAGCGCAUAAACGAUGCUAGAACUGACCUCCCAUUCUUUCUGGCGAGCAAGGCAUACAGCGAUAUCGUGACGUUCAUAUUCCAGCUAAAUGCUGCCAUGUUCCCCCGAAAAGGACGGAAAGCCGACGACGGGAGAGAAGAAAUAAAAGAAUGGGACCUAUCGAAUCCAGACGUUCCCUUUCCGAAAGUAAUCCAACGUCUUGCUGGCAUGAUAGAAAGAUUACGUCAAAUGAUUGAAGAAGCCCCGCCAGAUCCAGGUCCCAGACGCUUCGGCAAUAUCAGCUUCAGAAAGUGGCAUGACAUGGUUACUGAACGUCUUCCGGAGAUCUUGAAGGGGUUUAUCGAUCAAGAUGUACUUUCGAUUGGCGCUGAGGGACCGGUCCGCGCAGAGGUCGAGCUUAUGGCUUACUUGACGGGCAGCUUUGGGAGUCCUCAGCGUCUUGACUAUGGGACAGGACAUGAGUUGAACUUCCUUGCUUUUCUUGGAUGUCUCUGGAAGCUUGGUGCGUUCCCGGAUGGUGAAGACGGGAGUAUAGAAAGAGCCAUUGUGCUGGGUGUCAUUGAGCCGUAUCUAGAGCUUGUGCGCCGUUUGAUAUUAACCUAUAGUCUCGAGCCUGCAGGAUCUCACGGAGUCUGGGGCCUGGACGACCAUUCAUUCCUCCCGUACAUCUUUGGCUCCGCACAAUACUCGCCAGCAAUCUCCUCGCCAGAUCAAAUUCCCCUGGAAGGCUCUUUGCCCAACGCCCCGGCGCCCGGGGAAGUGGUCAAGGCUAACACAGUCGAGCGCGAAAGACGCCGAAACAUGUAUUUUGGCGGUAUUGGGUUCAUCUACGAUGUUAAGAAGGGCCCGUUUUGGGAACACAGCCCCACGUUGUAUGACAUUUCCGGGGUCAAGGCAGGAUGGGCUAAGAUCAACAGGGGCAUGCUGAAGAUGUACCACGGCGAAGUAUUAUCACGGUUUCCAGUAGUACAACACUUCCCCAUGGGAUCGUUAUUUGUGUGGGAGAGAGACCCAGAGGCUGCGGAAGUUACCUCAACCAUACACAUUAGUAGUCAGCCCCCCAGAGCACAAGUUCCCACAGCAGUAUCACAGCCUCAACGGCAACCACAAUUACGGAAUCGCCUGAAUGAAACCGUGUCUACGCCAACCAGCAAGUCGACUCUGGCGUAUCCAACGCAAGGACCGAACGUUCCUAGCGGGCCUAACCAGCCCACGAGAGCUCCAUGGGCGAGGGGUGGAGAUGCUGCCCAACCACCGCUCCACCAUCCAGGACCAGGUCAAGAUCGAUUACGCGGUCCAUUAUCACAGACACCUGACAAUGGGAGGAUGGCUGCGGGACCUCCUAGUGGUCGCUCAUAGGUCAUAGGGCACAGUGUUUUCCGCUCCAACCGAAGUCAAUGUCCGGCAUAUGCAUUCACUGUGGAAUAUGCCUCUACGGAAAGCCUGCCGAAACGAAUGAGCAUGGCUUGCGAAGCUCAACCUGUCGUGAAUCAUGUGCGCCAUGCAACAAGGCGUUGGGACAAUAAUGCGUGCUGCACGAGGGAGUGAAGUCAGACCGGAACCAGCAGCUUCUCUGCUUUAUCAGGCACAUGUCUCAAUAAUAGUAGCUUAUUAGAGAACAGGUCAUUGGAAUAUAGGUUGCGUACGUACUUCGUACCACAAGCCG